AAUGCCCCCCCCACGCGUCUCUCGGAGUCAGACGACAAAACAAUCACGUCUCUCUCUUUCUCUCUAUGUAUACGGAAAUUAUUACAAAACAUCGGAUUUACAAUUCCACAACUUCCUAUUACGAUGUCGAGUAUCCACCGCGUAUGGGCGGGCGCCGGAGCUCCCGACCCACCAAUUUGCAUCCGGGAACCACCACGCUUGCAGCCCGAGAUCUCACAUCUCCGGCACAGAUAUUACGGGAGUAUUCUCCGGCAAGGAUUCUCGCUGCGGACGACGCCGUCUGAGCAUUUGCGGCGGGUGACAUGGACGUUGGAAGCGGUGGGGUCCAGAGGGGCGUGGGAGCGAUCGGAGGGCGGGGAAGGAGCGGAGAGCUCGAAGGCGGGGCCGUGCUCGUAUGCGGUGGGGGAGUAUCGGGCGUCGGUGGAGCAGGAAAGGAGUAGUAAGGAUCGGAGGGUGGACAUGGCGGUUGCAGCGGCGGUUACGGUGGUUCUGGGGGUCGGAAAUCGGGUGCUUUAUAAGCUGGCCCUGGUCCCCCUUAAACACUACCCAUUCUUUCUCGCUCAGCUCGCCACUUUCGGAUAUGUAAUUGUAUAUUUCUCAGUCUUGUAUCUCCGGUAUCGCGCUGGUAUUGUUACUGAUGAGAUGCUAUCCAUGCCAAAAGCUCCAUUUCUUGCUGUUGGCCUCUUGGAAGCUCUUGGUGCUGCUACUGGGAUGGCAGCUGGAGCAAUUCUUUGUGGAGCAUCAAUUCCAGUUUUGUCUCAGACGUUUCUUGUUUGGCAAAUUCUCCUGUCAAUUAUUUUCCUUGGAAGGAGAUACAGGGUCAAUCAACUUUUAGGGUGCGUUCUUGUAGCCAUUGGUGUAAUCAUAACUGUAGCAAGUGGAUCUAGUGCUGGAAAUUCGUUAAAAGAAGCUGGUGUAUUUUGGAGUCUUCUCAUGAUAGUUUCAUUUUUGUUCCAAGCAGCUGAUACAGUGCUGAAGGAAGUAAUCUUUCUGGAUGCUCGUCAGCGGUUAAAGGGAAGAUCAGUGGACCUAUUUGUUGUGAAUUCCUUUGGAUCUGCUUUCCAAGCACUAUUCAUAUGCCUCCUCUUACCGUUUUUGUCGAAAUUAUGGGGGAUUCCAUUUGGUCAACUGCCAAGCUAUCUUAAAGACGGUGCAGCUUGCUUUCUAAACAUGGGUACCUUAUCAACAGGAUGUGAUGGUGCUCCAUUACUUCCGUUACUAUUUGUUAUUGUCAACAUGGGCUUUAACAUAUCAUUGCUGCAUCUUCUCAAGAUAUCUUCUGCUGUGGUAUCUUCCCUCGCAUCGACAUUUUCAGUGCCGAUAUCUGUGUAUGUCUUCACGCUGCCACUACCAUACCUAGGUGUUGCAGCCUCGUUGCCCACAGGCUUUGUCUCUGGGACCAUUGUUCUUGUAAUUGGCUUGCUCAUCUAUGCCUGGACACCUUCAGUCUAUCCAACUAAUGCCUCCCCAUCACCUCCUACUGUCUGAUGGUCAUAGCCAAAAAGCAAGGGAUUGGUCUCGUCAUGGUUAAGAAAGAUAGGAGGAAAAUACAGAAGGAUUUACUCCUUGUGUGGAAAUUGGCCAAUGUCCAUUGAUGAAACUUCAUUCACAAGCUGUAGCGAUGAGGAUCCAUCAUAUUUGAAGAGAGAAAACAAGAAAGCUUGAUUGUGAAUUUUUUGUUUUUCCUAUGAAGAAAAGUUCCCGGUGUGCGCAUUCAUGACCCAGAGAAAAAAAAUUUUGUGAGAGCAUUUGCUGGAAAGAGAGCGGAGUUUGAUUUCGUAGGGAGUUUGGUAGUUGUUUUUGUUUGUUGUAUGUCUAUUACAUGUAAUCUUCCUUUGUGAUUGUUGGAGUUUUGAGACUCUUAGGGUCCCACAUCGGGGAACUUUUAGUUCCCAUUGCCAUUUAUAUAGUUCUAGUCCUUUGUCCCAGUA